AUGGAUCCUGUAGAUCAACAGGGCUGCGAGCCCCACUGGGUCCCGACCGGUCAAGAGGAGCGGCAAGACACCCCACCCGGCCAUGUGAAAGACCCAUGGCAGGGCGUCCGUAGCGACGCUUCGGCCGAGCACUCUGACCAGAACGAUGGGCAUGGUUACAGCCCUGACAACGUUGCAGAACGUUCAUUAUUACAGACUACCUGCACUUCUUAUACAAACAUCGGCAAAACUAAGCAGAGUCAGGCAUGUACGCACGUUGACCGAGUUAUACAGAAUCAAGCACUCUAUGCUGAUAAUUCACAGGUAGACACAGGAGACCCCACGUCAACCGACAUCUACGAUACCAAAGGUCAUGACGCAAAUAACUUAGGACAAUACCAGCUGAGGGAUACCUUCGUUACAGAAGCAUCAUCCACUCCCUAUCAAUGUGGUGGAGAGGUCGACGAUGCAAGUGUGGACAAUGGUAGAAAUAUAGAAGCAGACGACUUCGACCAGUCUGUCAGCAAACAAUUGAAGGAUGCCGAAAGCUUUGAUGAAAAUAAGUCUAAAUCGGAGGAGGGUGUCACUGCAGACGAUAGUUCUAUCCGUCCGUAUGCAGUCGCGUAUCAACAGGAUGGAAAACCAAACGGUGAAGAGGACGAUAUCAUUGACAUCCAACCCUACGCCGUUGUUUAUGACGAACAACCACUGCCUGGCCAUUCUGUCGAUAAUUCUCAAAGCGCAUGUGGACAACCCAACACCAGUCCAGAAUCUGCUGACGGCAAGAACGACGGAUUACUGCCCAACCCCAUAUACAGCAGUAACGUGUUACACCAAAACCCCAUGUACGCCCCAAAUGUUGCACAGCCAAGGGCAGGUGGAGAGAAAGAAAAUAAAGAGCUCAAGCAAACGACGAUCGUCUUCGGACGAAACGGUGAAGAAUCGGCCGAGUGUUUCGGACUGAACUCUGUCGCCGUGUCGCCUGGCAACGAAAUAUUCAUAGCUGACACCUACAACAGGCAGGUUCAAGUCUUUAGCAUGAAGGGCAUCUCCCUCCGCCAUUUCCCCACCGUUAUCUCGGGGGGAAACUCCGAGACGUUUGAACCCGAUGACAUCUCCAUCGACGGGGAGGGCCAUGUGUGGGUUCUUGGGGCUACAGAAUAUACGUCAGGGUUUAUUGUGCGGUAUACAAAAAUGGGAAGUCACCUAACAACACUCCGUGCAACGUUCAGCAAUAAUUCCUUCUCUGCCAUGUCGGUGGACACACUUCGUAAUCUAGUCGUAGCGAUAGAGCACUGGUGGGAUUAUGGGGAAGUAAAGAUUUUGCAUUUCAAUGGCACUGUAGUGCACAGGUUUCAGGUGCAGCAGUUCUUUGGGGACCCCCCUGGGGUGGUCGCUGUGGGACGGGAGGGAAACGUGUUUGUGGCCGACAGUUACGGAGAUGCACGCGUGCACGUCUAUAACAACACGGGUCAAUACCUUUUCAGUUUUGGGGAUGACAACAUUGGUAAGGGUCAAGCAGAAAUCAGCCUGGUCAUGGGAAUCUGUACAGACGGUUCAGGAAACGUUCUGCUGGUCCGGUCAGGCGGGGCGGUAGACAUGUUUACGGAAGACGGGCGGUACGUGCGCCGCGUUGGUCCCAGUAGAGCUGGCGGCGUGGCAGUAGCUCCCGGUGGGCAUCUGGUAGUAACUAUUGUUAACAGCAGUAACGUCACAAUACUCUCUUACUACUUGGAGGAUCCAUAG